CUCUUCAAUCAUCCGAUGCCCGCUUGAGCCUAAUCCACCCUUCGUGGUGAGCGGCUUCCCCUACGUACGAGCUCGACGAAAUGGAGACGGGAGCAGCGACCUGCGCACGCGGCGUCAUCGCCCACAGCGUGCUGUAUCAGUCGCGCUUGGCCGUGCCAUCCUCUGCUCCCUCCCUCCCGCGGUCUCACAGGCACAGCGGCCUCAAGUCGAGCUCCAUCUUCGGCGACUCCCUCAGGCUGACGCCGCCCAAGUCGAGAGCUUGCAGGGCAGUGGGCAGUUCGUCCCUCGCCACCAAGUGUGAGAUAGGGGAUAGCUUGGAGGAGUUCUUGACCAAGGCAACACCGGAUAAGAACCUGAUAAGGUUGCUGAUGGCCAUGGGGGAGGCUCUGAGGACCAUCUCCUUCAAGGUGAGGACUGCAUCAUGUGGUGGGACUGCCUGCGUCAACUCCUUCGGCGACGAGCAGCUAGCCGUGGAUCUGCUCGCCAACAACCUUCUCUUCGAGGCUCUGCAAUACUCGCAUGUUUGCAAGUACGCGUGCUCCGAAGAAGUCCCCGAGUUGCAAGAUAUGGGAGGACCAGUGGAAGGUGGGUUCAGUGUGGCCUUCGAUCCCCUCGACGGCUCCAGCAUCGUCGACACCAACUUCACAGUGGGCACCAUCUUCGGCGUAUGGCCCGGCGACAAGCUCACCGGCGUGACUGGCAGAGACCAAGUCGCCGCCGCCAUGGGCAUCUACGGACCUCGCACCACCUACAUCAUUGCUCUCAAAGACUGCCCUGGAACCCAUGAAUUCCUUCUCCUCGAUGAAGGGAAGUGGCAGCACGUGAAGGACACGACAUCGAUCGGUGAAGGCAAGAUCUUCUCUCCAGGCAACCUUAGAGCUACCUUCGACAACCCUGACUAUGAUAAGUUGAUCAACUACUACGUGAGGGAGAAGUACACGCUGCGGUACACCGGAGGAAUGGUGCCUGAUGUCAACCAGAUCAUCGUGAAGGAGAAGGGCAUCUUCACCAACGUGACGUCUCCGAGUUCCAAGGCCAAGCUGAGGCUGCUGUUCGAGGUGGCGCCUCUCGGGUUCCUCAUCGAGAAAGCAGGAGGGUACAGCAGCGACGGCACCCGGUCGGUGCUGGACAAGGUGAUCGAGAACCUGGACGACCGAACUCAAGUGGCUUAUGGGUCCAAGAACGAGAUCAUCCGAUUCGAAGAGACUCUUUAUGGCUCUUCAAGGCUCAACAAGGCAGGUGCGCCUGUUGGAGCUGCUGCCUAACUCUCUCUCAUCAACAGCACUGCCUUCACCAUCAAUCGACACAAAUCGAGUCACAAGUCUGAUUCAUGAGUUGAAAAGAACAAGAGAUGACAGACUUCAUAUCAAUUCUAUUCUUUUUCAUGUCAUCUUCUACUUGUUUGGAACAUUUUCUUUUGAGCUAUGAAAGAGAAAAGAAAAAAUGCAAGUAUUAUGGCAA